AUGACCACGCUCGAGAUCGCCUGUUUUAGCCCCCAGUCGGCCCUCACAGCCGCUCAAGCUGGGGCUGAUCGCAUCGAAUUCUGCCACGACUAUGCCUCCGGCGGCCUCACCCCGACACUGGACGCGGUCGCGACCGUCAAAUCCCAAGUCACCAUCCCGGUCUACGCGAUGAUCCGACCGCACUCACGGGACUUCCACUAUGAUGCGAUCGAGUACGCAAUGAUGCGGAGCAGUUUAGAGGCCUUGAAACAAGCAGGGGUAGAUGGGUUUGUCUUCGGCAUUCUACUCCAAGGCGAGUUGCCGGCCGUCGACGUACAGCGGAACAAAUCCCUCGUUAGACAAGUGGAGGGCCGACCCUGUACCUUUCAUCGCGCGUUCGAUCUAAUCCCGGAGUCGGGGUGGGAAGACGCCCUGAAGGAUAUCGCGGAGUGUGGGUUCUCGUCCAUCCUGGCCAGUGGGGGACCCGGGAAGAGCGCCGUGGAUUGUAUCCUGUCAUUGGAGAGACUGGUACGACGGGCACGGCGAUAUGGAUUGGAGAUUAUUGUCGGCGGGGGAGUACGGUCGUCGAAUGUGGGUUUGUUGCGUGAGAAGACGAAUGCGUCGGUGUUCCAUUCUGCGGCUUUGGUGUCGGCGGAGGACGAGGUGCGAUCAGAUCAAGUUCGAGAGAUUAGAGAGGCGUUGGAUGCUUGUAGUAGUAGCUAUUAA